AUUUGUAAGAAUUGAGCAAAAUCAGGCAAUAAAUUUGUGGGGAGAAAAAAAGGGUAAGAGAGAACAGAAUUACUAAUAAAAAGAAAAAAAAGGGAAAUCUGCUGAGGGGAGGUAUAUGUGUUAGUGUAUCUGCAUGACAACAAAUCAGAGAUGAAACAUAGUAGCAUCACUUUGUUCACAAUUUGGCAUUUAAAAGGAAGAGAAAGAAACACUAGAGGAAAGAGAGAAGCUGCAAAAUGUCCAUAGGUUGAUUUCUUUUCCUUUCUCUUCAAUCUUUGCCUUUUUAAGGUUCCAUUAAUCAAUUCGACUCAAAAAGCUCGAAUCGCCCUUUUCUCGGCUUUUUCAGAUAAGAUUUCAUAGGAAUACCGAAAAAUUUCAAUGUGGGGUUGCUGUUAGAUAAUGGGUUUUUGAAGACAAGAUUGAUAGCUGAGAGAGAGAAGAAUAACUUUUUGCAGAAGACAAGUAGAGAAGAAACAGCAAGAGCCAGGGUUUGUCUAAAGAUGGCUGCAUCUUCCUCCUCGGGGCCUUUCUUUGGAAUUAGAGAUGAAGAUCAAAACCAGAUGAAGCAACAGCCUUCUUCAACACCAACUUCAUCCACAGGGCCAGCUCCAGCGCCGCCUCAGAAGAAAAAGAGAAACCAACCUGGAACACCAAGCAAAUCCAGAUGCGGAAGUGAUAGCACUAUCUCCCAAGACCCUAAUGGCAACAAACAGGUUCAUUUGUGAGGUAUGCAACAAAGGAUUCCAAAGGGAGCAAAACUUGCAGCUCCACAGAAGAGGACACAACCUGCCUUGGAAACUAAGGCAGAAGACUACAAAAGAAGUGAAGAGGAAGGUUUAUCUCUGCCCUGAGCCCACAUGCGUCCACCAUGACCCUUCCAGGGCACUUGGUGACCUUACUGGCAUCAAAAAGCAUUACUCAAGAAAGCACGGUGAAAAGAAAUGGAAGUGCGAGAAGUGUUCGAAGAGGUAUGCCGUGCAAUCUGAUUGGAAAGCUCAUUCAAAGACCUGCGGGACUAGAGAGUACAGAUGUGACUGUGGCACUCUCUUCUCAAGGCGUGACAGUUUUAUCACUCACAGGGCAUUUUGUGAUGCACUGGCUCAGGAAAGUGCAAGGCAGCCUCCCUCCUUGAACCCCAUUGGCAACCAUUUGUAUGGAAGUAGCAAUAUGAGCUUAGGCUUGUCUCAAGCGGGUACUCAAAUUUCAUCGAUACAAGACCAGAAUAAUCAGACGGGUGACAUUUUAAGACUCGGUGGCGGUGCCAGGAAUACCCAAUUUGAUCAUCUUCUCCCUCCAUCGAUGGGGUCGUCAUCGUCGUUUCGACCACAGCAAUCAAUGGUCUCUUCUGCCGCUUUCUUCAUGCAAGAGUCCAACCAAAAUUUUAAUCAGGAACAUCAACCUCAACAAGGAUUGUUGGGAAACAAAUCGUUCCAAGGACUAAUGCAGUUUCCUGAUAUCCAAAACAACACAAGCAACAGUCCUUCAGCGGCCAAUCUCUUCAACCUUAGCUUCCUUUCCACUAGUAGCAACACAAGCAGCAUCAAUAACAACAAUAGUGCCAACACAGACAACAAUUUAUCAUCUUCAGGUUUGCUAAUCUCUGAUCAUUUCAACAAUGAAAACGGUGCCGGUGGGACAAGCGAAGCGUCAAAUCUCUUCUCAAACAACAUAAUGGGCGAUCAAAUCACCUCGAACAUCCCUUCUCUCUUCAGCUCAUCGGUUCAAAACAACAAUAUGGUACCCCAAAUGUCCGCUACCGCAUUGCUUCAAAAAGCUGCUCAAAUGGGCUCAAAUUCAAGCAACAACAGCGCCUCUCUUCUAAGAAGCUUCGGUAGCUCUUCCUCAAGCGGCACCAAACCCUCAAACUUUGGCGGCAUUUUGGGAGAUAACACCGGGAACAAUCUACAUGAACUAAUGAACUCGAUAGCAAGUGGAAAUUCGUCCAUUUUUGGAGGUGGGUCCCCAGGGGUCAAUACAUAUAGCACUGGACAUGGACAAGAAAACCCAUAUACAAAUAGAAGUAGCAUGGAACAAGAAAAACAGCAGCAAAAUUUGAAUGUUAGCGCUGGUGGGUCAGAUAGAUUGACUAGGGACUUCCUUGGCGUUGGGCAAAUAGUGAGAAGCAUGAGUGGAGGGGUUUCCCAAAGGGAGCAGCAACAGCAGCAGCAGCAGCAACAACAAGGCAUGGGGUUAAGCACCUUGGGUUCAGAGAGAAAUAAUAUUACUGCGCCGACAGGCCACCGAUCUUUUGGAGGUGGUGGGAAUUUUCAGUGAAGGAAAAAAGGGGAUAAGAGGAAAGUACAAAGAUAUUGUUGCCAUGGAAAGGCCUUUUUGCUCUUACCAUCUUUUCCAUUUCGAUACGUCAAGUGAAACAAUAUGGAGAAUUAGAGGCCAAAGGGGUUUUCAAGAAUCUGAUCAAACCAGCCUAGGCAGCUUAACCCUAAAAUCCAAGCUGUAUUGUAUGAACUUUUUUUUCUUCCCCUUAAAUGUUAAUGGGAUGAGUUUCCAAAUCAGUCCCAGCUACAAUCUUAUCAUACUUUGGAUGGUGACUUUACCCAAAAAAAAAAAGAAAAAUCUUUUCUUGUUUCA